AUGGGGACGGGCGUCCCCUGGCUGGUGCUGCUGGGCUUGGGGAGCCUUGCGGGCGGCGCGGGCGGCUCGGCCCCGGGCGGCGGGCGCUCCUACGCCGUGAUCGUGCCGCGGCUGCUGGCGCCCCGCGCCGGGCAGGACCCGCGGGAGGUCUCCUACCUGCUGGAGGUGGAGGGGCGGGGCCGCGUCGUGCACCUGAGGCAGAAACGGCUCUUCGUGCCCGAGCACUUCGCCCUCUUCACCUACCGGCCGGGCGGGGCCCUCCAGCGGGACCAGCCCUUCGUGCGCCGCGACUGCUUCUACCAGGGCUACGUGCAGGGCAGCCCCGCCUCGCUGGCCGCCCUCAGCACCUGCUCGGGCGGGCUCCGCGGCAUGCUGCGCACGGCGCAGGGCAGCUACGAAAUCGAGCCCGUGCCGGACUCCGCCACCUUCCAGCACGUGCUGUACCGGGUGGAGGAGGAGGCCGCCGGCCUGCGGUGCGGCUUGACCGACCAGGAGCUGCAGCGCCAGGCAGCCUUGAUCCCUGGCUUAAGGGGCCUGUUGGCCAGGCAGGCGCCUGAGCGGCUCUGGUGGACACAUACCCGCUACCUGGAAGUCGUCUUCGUGGUGGAGAAUGAACGAUUCGUCCAGUCAGGCAGAAACGAAACCAACGUCCUGCAGCAAUUGCUAGACAUAGUCAAUAUAGGAGACUCGAUGUACGAUCCCCUGGGGGUGCGGUUGUUUAUAGUGGGGCUGGAGAUCUGGACACAAAACAACCUUAUCCCAAUUAGUGAUACCAUAAAUGCGCUGCUUGGCACUUUUAACAACUGGAGGAAAAGGGAACUGUAUCCACGGCUGCCCCAUGAUGCAGGUCACUUAGUCACGUAUAAAGGGUUUGGUGUUACCCUUGGAUUAGCAUUUAUAGGAACAGUGUGUUCUCAUCAUUGGGGAUCAGCUGUUCUUUCUUUCAGGGCUGAGGGAUUGUACUCAUUUUCCAUUGUUUUUACUCAUGAGUUGGGCCAUAACCUCGGCAUGAGCCAUGAUGGUGUUUAUUGUAAAUGUAAGCGCAGUAAGUGCAUCAUGGCUGCAUACCACAGCAUCACUGAUCUGUUCAGUAACUGCAGCUAUAACGAAUAUUUCAAUUUAAUAACUACUGAGGCACGGUGUCUGCUUGAGCCUCCAGCACCGGAGAAAGUUUAUACACUCAAGUACUGUGGCAACAAGGUCGUGGAAAGUGGAGAGCAGUGUGACUGUGGCUCAAAAUUUAAUUGUGAAAAGGAUCCUUGUUGCCAACCCAAUUGUACAUUGAGCACAGGUGCAGCUUGUGCUUUUGGAGAAUGCUGUGAAGACUGUCAGAUACUUCCAGCGGGAAAACUAUGUAGAAAAAGUACUGAUGAGUGUGACCUUCCUGAAUAUUGCAAUGGGACUUCAGAGUGGUGCCAGAAAGAUGUAUAUGUGCAAGAUGGAGCCCCAUGCCAGAACAAUGCCUACUGCUAUCGUGGAAACUGCUCUAGCCAUGAUCAACAGUGCAAAAUGAUUUUUGGUAAACAAGCAAAGGUUGCUCCAUUAGUUUGUUUCAGAGAAUUGAAUACUCAAGGUGACCGGUUUGGCAAUUGUGGUCUUAAUAGUGAUCCUAAAUAUAAGAAAUGUCAAGUAGAAGAUACCUUAUGUGGUAGGGUCCAAUGUGAAAACAUGAAAAUAAUACCAUCUUUGGAGAACCAUAGUACCAUACUUCAAACUCCAGUUGAUGAUAACUGGUGCUGGGGUACAGACUAUCAUCAUGGGAUGGAUAUAGCUGAUAUUGGAGCAGUGAGAGAUGGCACAUCUUGUGGUCCUGAAAAGAUUUGUGUUAACACGAGUUGUGUCAGUGUGUCACUCCUGAAUUAUGACUGUAAUAUAACAAAGUGCCAUAAUAGAGGAAUAUGCAACAGUCAUAAAAACUGUCAUUGUAAUUAUGGCUGGGCACCUCCAGAUUGUCAACAUAAAGGAUAUGGAGGGAGCACUGACAGUGGACCACCUCCACCUGUGAAGGCCCUCUGGGGAGGUGCUAUUGGAAUACCAAUAUUCCUUGCUGCUGCUGCUGCUGCUGCUGUUCUUGGGAUUGGGCUUUGUGUAUAUUAUAAAACUGCACUAAUGGGAUGGCUUAGAACAUCAGUGACCAGAUUCCACCCAACACAGCAAGCAGAUACUUCUGGUGGUGGAAAGGAAGUUCCCAGUUGCUCACAUGAGACAACUGCUACUGUGUCAAAACCUGUGGUAGAGUCCAUGGAGAAAGCAUGGGAUUUUCUGUAACAUUAAAUAAAGUGUAAACAAUAUAUUUACCUCUUAAGAAUAAAUUCAGUCUUAAGCAUUGAUAUAGCCUUUUACAAUUGUGUCUUG